AUGGCUCUGGUGUUGGCGAACUACCCUCAUCCCUCGCGAUCCCUCAGGUCUACAGAAUCAUGGACAUCCCUAUUCCUACAGCUGAAUCUCAAGGCGGCGCAGGAGGCUCUCAAUCGUGCCUGUUCUGAACAUGAUCAGGCGCAGGACCACAGGACGGCCAUUAACAAUAUCCCCAAGGGCAAGAAGGGUGGCGGCAAGCAUGAGUACUUCCAGGUUGACGCCUUUGAUCUGCAUGCUGACGUGUCAAGCAUUGACAUAGGCGCCAAGCAGGCAGCCAACGACAACAUCACUCGGGCCUUCGCCAACUUUCAAGUGGCACAAGCCGCUUUCAUAGCCACUCAACAGGCAUUCAGGGCUCACAGAGAGGAGAUGGAUGAGGGCCCUAUGGACAUCGAUAAGAACCAGAACAGUGACGGGACUGGGGGCACUGCGGGUGUUGGGGCUAGUCCUGAAGCACCACCAGCGGUUGAGGACGAGAGUGACGAUGCCCUCGGUACCCAAAUGCUCCUGGCUUCUCCUGGCCUCUCUAGUGACGAUGCCAAGGGCAAAGACGACAGCCAAUUCAUGCCGAUGGUGGACGGCAAUGACAACGACACUGACAACAACAACAACAACAACGAUGGUCCGGACAGUUCGAGUUGGUCCGAGGAGGAGGGGCUCGAUAGCGAUGCCGAGUGGAUUGAGCCUGGCACCCCUGACAACACUGACCCAGGAACCAACCUUCAGGAUAAGUUCGGUCUAACCGUGGCCUUAGAAGAUAAGGACCACCUCUAUUGUUGGAUCAAGAAUCAAGGCCUGAAGCAGCUUAAACGAGUUGACAUCUGCAACUACCUUUGCAUGGACCCCCUUCUGUUUCCGGACGUUGCCUAUACCUCGCGCAAGCUCGCGUUGCACGUCCUCACCACCAAUAACAACAACAUCUUCUGCCUUUACCACUCACGCAAGAACAAGCAGCCCAUUCGGGAUGGGUGGGGCCGCCCUUUUGAGACGAUUCACGGUGUCCCUUCGACCAGGAAGGCAACCAACGUGAGGGGAGGGGUCACCAAGGCGCCGAAGGCCAGGUAUGCGAACUUCACAGGAACGGUUAAUGGGGAAAAGGUGGUCGAGCAGAUGGUGCCCAGCGACAUUCUUCCAGCGCGCACUCGCACCUGCGUUAUCAACCUCUGGAAAUUGUUCAGGCUGACUGCGCGUGACAUUUAUCGCAAUGGCCUUACAGAGUAUGAUCACCGGCUCCAAUUGGCUGGGAAGUUGAUGACCUAUAGCGCUGCCAAGUAUGAAAGUCUCAAAACUGUGCCAGCUUAG